GCUCGCAUCCUGUCCGAUGGGUGGAGACAGCGGACGGCUAUAGCACAUAGCUCAAACUGCGAUUGUUAAAUUUCCUCAAAUAGAUCAAUUAAACAUUGAUUAAAUAACACAGACGUCCUGGACUUAUAAACACAGAACACAAUGAUCCGCUUUAUCCUCAUCCAGAAUCGGGCAGGAAAGACCAGACUGGCCAAGUGGUAUAUGCAGUUUGAUGAUGAUGAGAAACAGAAGCUUAUUGAAGAGGUUCAUGCUGUAGUGACAGUCCGUGAUGCCAAACACACCAACUUUGUAGAGUUCAGAAACUUCAAAAUCAUUUACAGGCGGUACGCCGGCCUGUAUUUCUGUAUUUGUGUGGAUGUGACGGACAAUAACCUGGCUUACCUGGAGGCUAUUCACAACUUUGUUGAGGUUUUGAAUGAGUAUUUCCACAAUGUGUGUGAAUUAGAUCUGGUGUUCAAUUUCUACAAGGUAUACACGGUGGUGGACGAGAUGUUUCUUGCAGGAGAGAUCAGAGAGACUAGCCAGACCAAGGUCCUCAAGCAGCUCCUUAUGCUGCAAUCUCUGGAGUAGAGAGGUCAUUGGUGUCUAGCCCUGUCAAUCAAUCAGUUAUUCACCAUUGCAGCUGGCCCCACCCACCCCGUUGCAAUCAAGCCACAACCUGUGUUUGUGUGUAUGGGUGUAGUCGUGCUAAAAACGCAACCGUAAACAUUUCAUCAUUUCUUUACAUCUUUAUAUCACAUCCACAAUUGAAGACUCUGCAUUUUUGCUUUAGGUUGAUUAUAAAUUUGAAUUCCCCUGUUAUUUAGUAUUGACCUAAUUACUUCUCUGCAUGCUUUGGCAAUGCCAGAAUCGAAUACUUAAGCAAUUUUAUAGCACAGUAGAUUUCAAAGGAUCUGACUGGCAACCUCUCCAAGCACAUUCAUUAACACUAAAACCAGAGAACGGCCGACGCUUUGGCCAAAAACUGCCGUGGCAUUGAAGUGUCUCGCUUUUGCAGGAUCUACACUCUACACUACUAUCCCUAAAAACAUUUAUGUUGAAUAAUUCCUCCCCAAACACAUGAAGACAAUACUGUCUGAUGGUGAAAUGUUCAAAUUAAAUGUUCGAUAACCACAAUUUAACCAACCGUUUAGUCCAAUAUUUUCCUGCUACUUGCAUAAAGCAGUACUGUGAAGUUUCUUUUUGUGUUGUGUACAUACACAUGAUCUAUGCGUAUAUUUUAAGUGUAAUUUUGAUGAACUAACCGGUCAUUCCAGUCGUCUAAACAAGUCUCUGUUGCCACUUGUUGCAAUUGCAUUGAAAUCUGUGGGCUGAGUGGAGAACCAGAGCCAGCGAUGAGGGAGCAGUUUACAGAACAAGGUUACGUGGAAGAAUGAAGCUCUGGGACAUGACAAAAGAUGGUCUAGUUUUAAUUUCCCCUUUUGUGGCGAUGGCUCCCUCACUCCAAAAGCUCUAUGGCAACUGCUCAACCUUGAAACUUUCCAUUACAGUUCGAUUCAAAAGUUACUGUCUUUAUUUUGUACGUGUUUCAUAUUGUUUUUUGUCCCUUCUACCUUAGUCAAAAUUAGAUUGGCCUAUUCAUCCAUUCAUAAGAUUGCAGAGUUAAAGUUGGUAUAAGUGGUAUUACUCUUGUAUGUGUUCCUAAAAGUGUGUGUAUAUAUAUAUCCAUGAAGGCGAAAUAAAGAAAUAAGCCUGAAA